UCAAAGUUUUCGUAUCAGUCGCCAAACCACGGUGCACGGAGCAAACGCGUCCGCGAUCAUUUAAAAUUUGAAUUGCGAUCAUUUAAAUGUCAUAAACAUUACGAUAGUUAUGUGCCAGUAUUUUAUAAGUUUUUAAAUUACUUUUUAAUCUGUGAUUAAUUUAAUUAUGCCCGAGUAUUAUUACUCGUAAUAUACGUGUGUUUGUAAAAUAAAAUUUAUAAAUAAAUAGCAAAAAUGGUGGUGAAAAUGCAAAUGGGGGCACCAGCUCCCCAGACCGUCAGCCGUUUCAGAUCCGUUUCAUCACAGGUCAUAGCAUGUAUGUCGCAGAAUCUUCUUCUCCUAGACCUGGGGAUGGCUAUCAGCUUCAGCACCAUAGCUUUACCAGACCUCCUCAACGCCAAAGAAGGAUUAUCGUUGACAGAAAACCAAGCAUCGUGGUUCGGCAGUAUAUCCUACCUCACGCAGCCAUUUGGAGGGAUAAUCUCAGGGCCUAUAGUGGACUACUUCGGACGCAAAAAGGCCACCUUCAUAGUCAACGUGCCCCACUUCGUGGCGUGGAUUUUGAUGUACUACUCCUGGAACUUGCCUAUGCUGUUCAUUGCUAAUGGAUUACUUGGCUUCGGGACGGGGCUGAUGGAGGCCCCGAUCAACUCUUAUGUUGGAGAGAUCACGGAACCAUCGAUCCGUGGCGCGCUCUGCACCGUGACGCAGUUCUGCACAGCAAUUGGAGUGAUGUUGAUGUACUUACUCGGGAACGUGUCUUACUGGAGAACUGCUGCGCUGAUCUGUCUGAUUGCUCCUGUGGUUUCUAUGCUGUUUGUACUUCUGAUACCCGAAACCCCAGUAUGGCUGCUCUACAAGGGCCGUGAGAAAGACGCCCUCAAGUCCCUCUGCUACCUCCGAGGGUGGACCACUCCAGACAACGUCCGGGACGAGUUCAACGAACUGGUGGUCUAUACGAAGAACCUGCAGCGCUGCGUUAUAUGCUGCCAGACUGAUGAAGACGAGACUAAGGACUGCGAGCACUACAAAAUGAACUUUAUAAAGAGGGGCCUACUGAAGUUCAAAUACGUCUUGUUGACCAAGGAGACCCUGAGGCCGUUCACCCUGGUCAUCAUGUACUUCUUGUUCCACACCAUGAGCGGUCUAACCCCAAUCAGGCCUAACAUGGUCAACGUGUGUGGAGCGUUCGGCAUGGCUGAUGAUGGAAAGCAUAUUGUGCUGAUGAUAGGCAUCAUCACCUUCAUCACGAGUUUUCUCGUCAUCGGCCUCAUCAAGAUCCUUGGCAAACGCAAGCUGGCCAUCUCCGCCAUGUUUGGUUCAGCCUUAUGCUGUAUGGCCCUCAGCAUCUACGCGAAGAACAAUCUAGACCCUUCUGUGUUCUCCUACGACACUUCUACUUUCCCUACGGAAGUCAGCUAUGUCCCAUUGGUGUUCUUCUACGGACUGACUGUGUUCACUGGAUUUGGUAUACCUUGGGUGCUAUUGGGAGAGGUGUUCCCAUUCAGGAGUCGAGCAGCAUCCCAAGGGAUUGCCGCAGCAGGCAACUACCUCAUCACGUUCGUUGGCUCCAAAACGUUUAUAAACUUCGAGACCAGCAUUCAACUAUGGGGAGCCUUCGCCAUCUACGCUGGCUUUGCAUACAUGGGCACCAUUUACCUCUACUUCUUCCUCCCCGAAACCGAAGGCGUCACUCUCCAAGAAAUUGAAUCUUAUUACAGUGGAAAACUAAGGAUAUUCGCCGACGAUCCCAUCAUCAACCUCUUCAAGAGAAAGCUCAAAAGAUAAUGAAACUGCAUAUUUAUAAAUUACUGUAUUAUAUUUAAUAUUUAAGACUAGUUUUAAGUUACAAUAAUGUUACCAAUCAUUUCCAUUCUUCAUUCCCUGUUCUGUAUUUUAUAACAAAGAAAUGCGAUAAGUGUUGUUUAGUAAGUAUUGUAUACUAUAUGACUCGUACAAAUAAAUCAAUCUCAGUAUUAAA